GUCUUCUAUAAGUCAUCCGCAACAUAAGUGUAAUCACGAAGAGAACAGAUUUAAAGUGUGCGCGCCUUGUGGGAGAAAGAUUAAAUUCGGAUCGUCAAAACCUUCAGAAUUUAAUAUAACCGGAAAAUUGGAGUGUCUUAUUAAAAAAUACGUUAGUGAAAAUUUUAGAUUGACCAAUUCGAAGUUCCCAUUAGGCAUUUGUGGUACAUGUCGUAGGGUUCUCUGUGACCGAGAUAAGGAUAUACCAAAUGCAACGCGGCCUCUUCCAAACAUGCCUAACUAUGAAGAUUCGACAAAAGAAACAAGAACAACUUCAUGCUCUUGUUAUAUCUGGCUCACUGCUCGGGCAACCAGCCAUCCAAAAGUUAUACAAGGGAGAGCACAUACCUUAAAUGUAUUGAGUGAAAAAAACUCCACCAAUGGGUUGACUGCUUUGUCAGUUGGGUCAGAAUUAAAAAAUCAUGCAACGACAGCUUCGGAAUGUGGUCGGAGCAAGCUGGAGAAUCCAUUCAUGGCGUAUUUUGAAGAUUUUGGCUCAAUUAUAAAGUUAAUUCGAUUGACGACCCUAAAUAUAUAAUCAAUUAAAAAAAAAACUGUCGUUGAAUUUUCAUCAAAACACAUAUGAAUUUAUAUAA